UUCUCCUCUCUUCUGCUCCGUUCACCUGCGAUCAGCGGAUGCAAGUCACACACGCUCUCUCCCCUCCCUCCCUCUCUCUCUCCAAGUUAGCAGCAAAGAACAAAAAAAAAUAGCUCCGUUAAGGAUAAGAGCGGGAGCGGAGGGGUGUGCGCGCGUCUGCCGGGGAGCGCCGGCGAGCGGAGGACACCGCCGACGGCUCCGCACACUCCUCCCGCCGCGCCAAGUGAAGCAGCAAGUUUGCCGUGCACCUGUUUGAGCAGCUCGAACCCCCGUCGCCGCCGAGCCCCGAAAGUGAUUUGCAAAAGGGAGAAAGUUUUUCGCCGGCAGGGUCGCCGAUCGCCCUCCUCGCGGUUUUUUUCUCCUCCUCCUUUUUUUUUUCCCUUUUUUUUUUUUCUUUACUUUUUUUUUUUUUUUUUUUCUUCCACGGCGGUCGCUACCUAGAUACGAACGGGUUUCGCCUCGCUCGCUCCCCGUCCGCCCGGGCUCCUCUAUGUUUGAUUCAUUUUUCACGUCUGGCGCCGGUGGAAAAUAAAAAAGCUACUUGAAUGUACAGCAUGAUGAUGGAGACGGACUUGCACUCCCCCGGCGGAGCCCAGGCCCCUACGAACCUCUCGGGGCAGACCGGAGCGGGAGGCGGCGGAGGAGGCGGCGGCGGCGGCGGGGGGAACAAAGCAAACCAGGACCGGGUCAAGAGACCCAUGAACGCCUUCAUGGUGUGGUCGCGGGGCCAGCGGCGGAAGAUGGCCCAGGAGAACCCCAAAAUGCACAACUCGGAGAUCAGCAAGCGCCUGGGGGCCGAGUGGAAAGUCAUGUCGGAGGCCGAGAAGAGACCGUUCAUCGACGAGGCGAAGCGGCUGCGGGCGCUGCACAUGAAGGAGCACCCGGAUUAUAAAUACCGGCCCCGGCGGAAGACCAAGACCCUGCUCAAGAAGGACAAGUACUCGCUGGCCGGGGGACUGCUGAGCGCCGGCUCGGCCGGGGGAGGCCCGGCCGGUGUCGGCGUGGGCAUGGGCGUCGGCGUCAGCCCGGGUGGCGUCGGGCAGCGGCUGGAGAGCCCCGGCGGCACGGCCAGCGGCGGCUACGCGCACAUGAACGGCUGGGCCAACGGUGCCUACCCGGGCUCGGUGGCGGCGGCGGCGGCGGCGGCGGCGAUGAUGCAGGAGGCGCAGCUCGCCUACAGCCAGCACCCGGGCAGCGGGGGGCACCCGCACCACCCGCACCCCCAUCACCCGCACCACCCUCACAACCCGCAGCCCAUGCACCGCUACGACAUGGGCGCCCUGCAGUACAGCCCCAUCUCCAACUCGCAGGGCUACAUGAGCGCCUCGCCCUCGGGCUACGGCGCCCUGCCCUACGGCUCCCAGCCCCACCAGAACUCGGCGGCGGCAGCGGCGGCAGCGGCAGCGGCGGCGGCCGCCUCCUCGGGGGCGCUGGGCGCCCUGGGCUCGCUGGUGAAGUCGGAGCCCAGCGUGAGCCCUCCUGUCACUUCGCACUCGCGGGCCCCGUGCCCCGGGGACCUGCGGGAGAUGAUCAGCAUGUACUUACCGGCCGGGGAAGGCGGUGAUCCGGCAGCAGCAGCCGCCCAGAGCCGGCUCCACUCCCUGCCCCAGCACUACCAGAGCGCCAGCACGGGGUGAACGGCACCGUCCCCUUGACGCAUAUCUGAACCCCCGCCGGCACCGGAGCGGCGGAGACAGGCUCGGGUGGGAGCACCGGCUCGGCCCUCGGCCCCGGCCCGGCCCGGCCCGGCCCCGGCCCCGGCCCCGGGCCGUCCCGCUGGACUGCGCGCCCCGCCGCUGCCACCGCACGCUCAGUCCCGGCCGCCCGCCCGCGUCCCGGCCCCGCGCCGCUCCUGCCCCGCUCCCAGGUUCCCCCCUCUUAUUUUUGCCUCUCACGACCCUUCCCUUCCGCCCUCCCCCUCUCUCUUUUUUUUUUUCUUUCUUCCUUCCUUCCUUUUUGUACAGAAAUGUUUUGAUGUUCUUGUAAUAAUAAUAAUAAAUAAUAAUAAUAAUAACGAGAGAGAAAAAAGGUAACGGUUGCUUUACUUACCUUUUUUGUUUUUAGAAGGACUAGUUUAUGAAACUAGUUUUAGACUGAACUUCUGUGUUUUAUCGAGACUUUUUGUACAGUAUUUAUCAUUCACCCAAGGGGCAUAGUGCGUUUAUUUGCAAAAGAAGAGAAAGAGAAAAUAAGAGAGAAAAACAGGAUAAAGGUAGGGGGAACGGUGGCGAAAAGACAAAAGAUAUCAAUAAUAACAACAAAAAGUGGUAGGCGAUGCCAACUUUUAUACCGCGCGGAACUGCUACGAUUUCCGUCACGGAUCGCUUCUUGCGAAGGCUUUUUAUUGACUAAUUAACUCGAAGUUGAUGAGGAAACAGUUCUCAUUUAUUACUCAUGUACUAAAGCAAAUCCAAAAGAACUUUUUUUUGUAGAUAUUCUCACGGUUUUGUUGUUGGUUUUUUUUGUUUGUUUUUUUUGGUUUUUUUUGUUACUUGUUUAUUUAUAAAACUUUUUUUUCUUUUGGAAGCUACAUUUUUUCCUGGGGUUUGUAAAAUUUUAUUGUAUCUGGAUAUUUUUGUUUGUUUGUUUACUCUUCGGUUUUGUUUUCUUUUUGUAUCAUUUCUUGUA